AUGGAUCCUCCUGAGGUAAUGGAGGUGUUCAUCACCUUGCGGCUGCGUGUGAGAGCGUCGGCUUGCGGAUAAAGCAGCGCCGUGUCGGCGUCCGCGCGCCGCUGCCUGAACGCUUGACACUCGAACGCAUCCCCUCGUUGAGAGAGAUAGUUCCGACCACAUGCAAUAAAAAAACAAAACCAAAUAAAGAGCCUCCCGCAUAGCCUCGACCAGGCCGUGGCCCGCGCUUUUAUUAGCUUCCCAUGGCUUUUAUCGGCGGAGCAAAUUUCGGCGAAUAGGUGUGACGAGUCACCGGCUCCGGUCCAGAUAUGGCAGUGAGCACGUCCGAGCCGCUCUGUCGGCCGUGCGUCUACCACGAAGCUUUCAAAGUGGAGCUACAGGUGAAAAGACCUCUGAUGCCCGUCAGUCUGGGUCCGGAGCAGGUGGGCCUGCAGAUGCUCUGUCUUUGUGGGCAGCUGGACCUCCUCAUCAGGGCGCAGAUGCAGCAGUUCCAGGAGCAGCUAGGACAAGGCUGCAGCCCAGAGGAGUCGGACACUUUCCAGGCUCAAGGAUCGGAUAUUCUUGACCAGAUGCUGCAGUGCCUUGAACAUCUACCAAAGCCUAUGCCACAGCUGGAGGACUACCUGGACACGGUGGGUCUGUCAGCGAUGUUCCCUCGUGUAGAAGUGUUCCUCAUCCAAGGCAGCCCUGUGGAAAUGUUGGAGAGGCCGCCGAUGGAUGAGUACUUCUUCCACAUUGCCAAACUGAACCAGCUCUUGGUGCUGAGUCAACAGCUAGAAGAAGAUAUCAGGCACCUUGGAAGUCAUAAAUACAUUGCCCACCAGCUCUCGGUUAUUUAUCAAGUCAUCUGCUCUUUCAGGGGAAUUCAGGUCUUCUCUGAGAUAAAGAAAGAUAUUGAGGCCAACUUCAAACAGAUGAAACAGUCUCUAGUGACCAACGAAGGCUCCAGGCAUGAACCUCAGCUGGCUGCUCACUACAUCAGCUGGAUAUUAGAAGUAACUCAGAGCUUAACAUCGGUGGUGUUGUCUCUACCGGAGGAGCUGACCGAUGACUUUCACCAGGCCGUGACUUUCGUGUCCCAGUUGCUGUCCUGACUCAGCCAGAGCGACACCUCUGUAUCUAUGGACCCUGACGUUCAAUGAGGCACCAGGUCUCCCCCCUGGGGAGUCCCCUGCUUCUAAAUGAACCGAUGUUGUCAUGACUGUGAAAAGGUGCUACACAAGUUGAUUCAAUGGAUUGAAGGUGGGAUUGGAUAGCCUACUUCAUUUACAAAUCAUCUGCUUCGUUAUAUGUGUGGCCCAUAUUAAUCCCUAUGGUGAGUCAGUUCUUUGGAAAUGAAUGUAAGCUUAGUGAAUCCCUCCUUGCACUACUGUUAUAACUACUACAAUGAUUUUUUUUUAAACCUAAAGUGAAAUAAUAAAAUUGAAUGCAAUA